UAUUUUUGUUGUGCCCCAGCUGUCAUGACAACCGCUCGAACAAAAAAAAAAAUUGAAAACCAAACUAACGAAUGAAAGUUCAGAGAAAAUUUUUGCUCAUAACGCAAGGAACCGCCGAGGAGCAAGGCCAUGAGCCAUCAGGAUGAGCAUGGAAAUUCCGGAGACCGUAUCGGUGCGUAAGUUUCGCGACUUUUCGUCGCGCCAGAAGCAGGAGCUGUACGAGACGCUCCUCGAGUUGGCUGAAACCAUCGAGGAGUUGCCCAAGAAGUCUUUGCGUAAGACUCUGGAGCUCACCCUCGCCGUUUUGGAGUACAAGGGCGAGCAGGUGCAGAAAUUGCAGGAGCAGUCCGGCGGCGCCUCCAGUGGAGCCUCCAGUGGUCGGCGAUUGCAGGACGAAAAUGAGAAGCUCAAACGAAUGCUGCAGAAGCUGGAGGACGAGAGAGAUGGCCUGAAAACGAAGACCAAGGAGUUGGGCGAGGAAAUCCGUCAGUUGGAGGAGCGAUUGCGGGAGGCAGCCCAGCAUGCGGAGGCCAGCGACAAGGAUUCCUCAGAUCCUCUUUCCGAAUUGGACAAACAGGAACAGCUUCUUCAAAAUAUUGAUUCCAAGAACAAGCACAUCAAGAGGCUACUGAAAGAAAUAGAGACCCUUCAAAACCAGAACAUAGCUCAGUCCAAGACCAUAGUUCUCCAUGAACGAGAGCUCCAGAACAUCAAGGCUAAUCUGGUGCAAUUAAAUCAGGACAUCACCCAAGUGGAGCAUGAUCGAAAGGUCCUGAAGCAGAAAGAGCAGCAGCAGGAUUUGGAGAUCAGCCGCCUGGAAGGCAAUGUCACGUUCCUGGAAGUGGAGCGUGAAAAACAGGAGGUGGAAAUGCGCCAGUUCCUGGACAAAUUUGAGACUAAGACGCUCUCCUGGAGGCAGAUGCUCGAGGAGCGAGAGCAGGAGGUGGAGCGAUUGAAAAAGCAACUGGAGGGCAAGAGCACUACAUCAUUAAUGACCACCACUUCAUCCAGUUGCCAAAGCCAAACUGAAGAGGAGCACAUAAAACUGAGACAUCUCCUUGAAGCCCGUGAGCAGCGGAUAGAAAAGCUAGAGUCAAAGCUCAAAACGAUGGCCGAGGAAAUGGCCACCACAACGAAGGUUAUGAACCAGCUCUGCGCAGAGCGGGAAAGGGCCCAGGACCCUGAGCAACCGCGAGCCUGCUGCCAGUUGAUCGAGGAGCGUCUUCGAGCUGCCAAUACCCGCAUCCAGCAGCUUUCGGAGAUGUUGGAUGCCACAGAACAGGAUAACAUUCUCAAAUCCAAUCAGGCUCUGCAUGCUUUGAGUGCUCUGGAAUCAUAUAAGCGCGGGGAAGAUGGACUGAUUCCAGCUCUGCGGCGUUGCUCGGGUCUGGAGCAAAAAUUGGCGGAGCGGGAUAAGCAAUUGAGAGGCUACAUUCAGGAGCUCAACUCCCUUCACGAAGUGGUUCAGGAAAAUGAGCUACUCCGACGACGUCUCCAUAUUCCUGAUGAUGUGGUGGUGCUGGCCAAAAAUGUGCGUUCUAAACAGCGCAACAAAGACAAGCAGAUAGAGAGGUUAACCCUGAAACUGCGCACCUCGGAGGAACUGCGUCUGCAACUGAAACUGGGCAAGAGUGAACUGAGAAGAAAACUAUUAGAGCUUCAGCAGGGACACUCUCAACCUUUGGACGAAUCCUUCCAGCAACCCAGCGAGUUAGGCGAAGUACCCACUAGUCUUCCUAUAGAGAACUCACCCCGCCGUGGCCAAGGAGAUGGAGCAGCCAGCUCGGAGAUGCAGAAUCGCUUUGAGGAAGUCCUAGCGGAGAAUGAGACUUUACGCUCUGGAAUGUACGAGAUUCUAGAAAAGUUGAGAGAGUACGAUGCCACCUCGGAGCACAUAACCAUUGAUUCAGAUCUUCUGCAUCGUUUGAUGGAGGCUCUUCCCACUGGCACAUCCACUCCCCAACGUCUUCAGGGUCAGCUUCAGGAGUUGAAGGCUCGAGAGGAGGCACUAAGACAACUCCUGCAACAGCAAAACUAUAGUGAUUCUGAAACUGGUGAACUCUCAUCCGUACAGAGCAUGUGCGAUGUACCAGAGAUGCCGGAGGAGCUCGAGGAGGAGCCACCUGCCAUAAAUACAGCCACGCGUCCCAGUUCGCCAACUGAAGCCACCGAGGGGUUGCAGCGACCUGUCAUCAUGGAUUCCGUCUCGGAAACCAAAUCGGAGACCUUAGCCGAGCUCGCCAUUCUUCGGAAGCAUUACGAGGAAUUGCGUCUUCAUAUGUCUGCGGAUGAAAAUGAAUUGAAGAACCGGAAUCAAGAGCUUCACGAUCAAUUGGUUAAUAUGGAACUCCAACUGAAUAAGGAACAGAAUUCUUAUAGUUUCAUGCGCAAGGACUAUGAUCAGUUGCUUACCGAAUCCAGGAAGCAAGAGCUGCGAUUCAUCGAGGAUAGGGCUUCACUGUCCAAGCAACUGGAGCUGCAGCAAAGUGAGUUAUCUAAAACGCGGGAAAAGUUGGAGGAAAUGCAGCGGAGGAACCUGUACACUGCCGAGGAGCAGCAGCAGUUGGCCCAACGGAAUGCCAUUCUCAGUAUGCAACUUGGCCAGGCGGUGGAACAGAUGCUCGGAGAGCUUAAGCAUCCGGAUAUAUGUUCCGAGUACGGCAUAAUAAAGGAUAACUAUCAGCUGGACUAUAUCACAGCUGAGGACUUUGAGAGGCAGCGUCAAGAGCUGUCCAAUUGGAAGAGCAAACAGGCGGAACUUCAACGGGAAACCAAGCAACUGGAAGGACUACUUCAGGUGGCCAAUACACAGAUUCAUUCCCAGCAAAGGCUGCUAAAUGAGAUCACCGAUAAUCACAUAAAUCUGCGACAUCUAGUAGCCGAUCUCCAGAGUACUUCCAACGAGAAGCUAUUGAUAGCCAAGGCUCAAAGGGAUUUGGACAGUGUUAAAGCUGAGUGCUCUCGCUUGGAAAUAGAGCGGGAACAACUUCAGCAAAAGGCAGACUAUCUACAGACCCAACUGGAUAGCACAGAAAAAUCCAUGAAGCAGGCUCACGAGGACUUCCAGCAGGAACUGAGCAAUAGUAAUACUAAGCACAAAUUUCUCCAACACUCGCUAUUUACACUGAAGGACAAAUAUGCCAAAUUUACGCCACUAAUCUUCCUCACCAAUUUCGUGUUCGCCUAUCAAAAGUUCCUACAUCGAUUGGAGGACGAGCAAGUGCAACAAAAACAGAAAGAAGAUCACACUGUGCUGAUCCAAGAGGUAGUGGAAGCUGUGCAGGACAAGAUAGCACCCAACGCGGAGGUCUCCCAGCAACUGGUCAAGCUUAUCAAGUCGGAAACACAAACGAGGCUCCUGGAACAACGAUGUGAGCUUUUGGAGGGGAAGCACGAGGAGCUGCUAAGGGAGUUAAAUGAACUGCGACUUCGUCAGGCCUCAGAAACCGAGCACUGGCAGACCAUUCAGGCCUUGUUCGGUGAAGGAUCUAAUGAAAUUCAACAUAAAGUGGAUGCGGAAACCAACACGGAGGCAACCACUCCCAUUGCAGCCAUUCGAAGAACUGCCCAGUUAAUAGACAGGCAGUCCUCUCCUAUAGGAUCGCCACAUAGACGACAUCCGCACCUGGACACUGCCACUCAGGUGGAUUCGGUGCAACUCAAUGAGACGGCAGUUCAGACAAACGGUAUCCUGAGCCGACAAGACCAAUCAGUCCAAACAGCAGAGAUGCCAGAGGAGAGUCUCAACGAUUCCCGCUCGGAGCUUCAAAAAAUGCAAGCUUCCCUCCAGGAAGCCAACCAACGUAUUGAAGAACUGGGAAAGCAAUUGGAGUCUUCCAAAUCGGAAACCCGAGAAUCGGACAGUCCUCACAGUGGAGUAGUAGAAAAGACUAUACUCUCCUUCCAUUCGCUGCUGUUGGAAAAGGACCAGUCCAUACAGAAGUACCAGGAUCUACUUCAAACCGAGAGGGAUCAGAACCAGCAAGCGAUCAGCAAGCAGGCGGCUGAAAAUGAAUCCCUUAGGACUACAGUUAAUAACCUUAACUUUAACAUCAAAACAAAGGAUGCUGAGAUUAAGGAGCUCAAAGCGAAACUGGAACAGAAACCAAAAGGAGUGGUUCAGCGAACUUCAUCCACGGAGUCCAAUUCCAGUGCCAGUUCGGAGCAUUCCAUUCACGAUCUGACGGACGAGAAGAUCGAGGAACUUUUCGAGAGCAGCUCCGGGGACAGACCUCCAGAGGAAGAGGAGCAGGUCGAGGAGGAAGAGGAUGGAGGGACAGUAGUGGUGAAUGCGCCGCCAGUCAUUGAAGAACCCGAAGGUGAGCAGGAAAAACAGGACACCGAGGAGCUCAAGGAAGUGCCCACGCUGCACAAGCAGAUUAAGGAUCUCAAAGACAAGCUGGAAUAUUCGGAAAAGAAUCUGAAAACGAGAGAAGAGGAGAUCGAAAUAUUAAAAGAGAAGUUAAGACUUUGCCAAGAGCGUGAGAAAACAGUGGAAACUCAUGUAAGUCCGGAGCUGGACCAACUGCGUGCCUUUUUGGAUGAGAAAGACAAGCAUAUAAAGGAUCUUAUGGAUACCCUCAAGAACUUCCAUGAUGAUCAACAAAGGUACAUCAACGACACUUCCAACUUUUCGGAGGAGCAGAUAGCCAAACUGGCAGCAGAUCUCAAUAGAACAGAGGCCACCAACAAGAUCUACCAUACCCAGAUGGAGGCACUGCGUCGUCAGCUAGCCAAUGUGACGCAGCGGGAGAAGCAGGCAAGAGAUCUCAGCCAAUCCCUUCGGCAGCAGCUGCUCAAACGACCAGUGGUGUCCAUCAAAACUGAGCUAAAUGCUAGGGUAAAGCAAGAGAACCUGCAGAAACGCAUUCAGCAGCUAGAAUCGGAUCUGGAAGAGGCUCGGGCCCAGCUGCAACGCCAACAGACUAUGCUGGAGGCCAAGCGCACCAAGAGCGCCAAUGAAGUGGGUCUCUGGGAGAAGCAAAAGCGCUGGCAGCAGCAGGCGGAGAAGUGUAAGGUGCGGCUGGAGGAGACGGAGGCAGCUCUGGAUAAGACGCGGUCACUGCUGCAGGCGGCACGCACUACGAUCGCCCGGCUAGAGAAGGACAAGCAAAUGCUCCAGUCCAAAGUGAACAGUCAUAGCGGUGCUGCUAGCAAUGGAUCCAGUAAUGCCCUCAAAUGUUGCCGCACCCCAUCCUGUCCGAAUCUUCAGCAUGUCGGCGUGAAUAAGUUCACGCCUUCGCCUUCGGAGAGUCCGGAAACAUACACUGGUCCCAGCAGCGAGUGCAGCUCCCCUGCCCAUCAUUCCCAGCCAAGGGAUGGUCACUUCUACGACCAAAGUCAAGUAGAUCUUGUGGAAGCGCUCAAGUCCCGCAUAGAGCUUCAGCAGCGCAAGAUCAUUGCCAUGGAAUUGGAGGGCAAAGGUACAAACGCACUUACCACAGAGCUGGAGAAGCUUCAAGAGCGAUAUCAGACCGUAGAGGCACAAAACAUACGUUUGGAGGCAAGGAAUCUCCAACUGCAACUGGACUCGGACUUACUUAGGCAAGGCGACAGCAGCGACAGAUUACAGAAACGCAUCAAACACUUGGAAGACUACAUCAUUGCUCUUAAGGAAGAGAUGGCUCGGAACGAGUCCCGUCGAGAGCUGUGCAAGUGCAGUGGUCUCAAAGUGAACACCAACCAGGGCCAAUCCGCGGAGCAGACGAUCCUCUCGCUACGUAAUCUUGUGGAGAAACUGCGCUCUGAGAACAAGUUCCUUAAGGAUGGCCGGCGGUCCACAGAAUCGCGCAGCUCCACAGAUUCCGCACCACCAGAAGCUGCGAGGUUACAUCAACAACAUGCAGAGGCGCUGGCGAAGAUUAACGCUCUGCAACAAGAGCUCCAAAAGCGAACCAAGUGCAGUCAAUGUAGUGGGCGCAGUAAGGACGCCGCCAACGAGGAACUCAAGUUUAUAAAAGAGCAGCUGCUGAAAAAGACGCAACUUCUGCAAAAAGCUAAAGUUUUGUUAACGCGAGCAGCCGCCAAAGAAAAGGUUCUAAGGGAACAGCUUGCAUUGUGGAAAAGGAAGUGUUCCGAGCUACAAAACGUGCCCGUGAUUGACGAGAUUAGUGAAUAAGAUACUUACUUUAAGAUAAAUGUUGUACAGAUGAAAAGGAAUUAAACUUAAACGUAUUUUUUUCUAA